AUGUUCAGAACCCCCACCGUUUCCCUGGCCCGCGCCGGCCUGCGCGCCGCUACCCAGCAAUCCGUCAUCCGCCGCGCCGCCACCACCCACGCCAUCUCCAACCCUACGCUCGCCAACAUCGAGAAGAGAUGGGAGGGCAUGCCUCUCCAGGAGCAGGCCGAGCUCUGGAUGGCGCUGAGAGACCGCAUGAAGGGCCCCUGGGCUGAGUUGACCCUGCAGGAGAAGAAGGCCGCCUACUGGAUCGCCUUCGGCCCCCACGGUCCCCGCGCCGGCCCUGCCCCCGGUGAGGGUGCCCGCGUCUUCUGGGGUGUCAUGGCCUCCAUCGCCGCUACCUUCGUUAUCUUCGGCUCCGUCCGCAUGCUCGCCGGCCCUGCUCCCGACACCAUGACCAAGGAGUACCAGGAGGCUUCCAACGAGUUCCUCAAGGCACAAAAUUCCGACCCCAUCACCGGUCUCUCUUCCGAGGGCUACUCUGGCAAGGGCAUGGUCCAGUCUCCUCCCAAGAACUAA